AUGUCUCCUAGAAAAGUUUCUAUUGUAUGUCUACCAGGUGAUGGUGUUGGGCCUGAAAUCGUAGCUGAAGCAGUCAAGGUUUUAAAAGUCGUGGCAGAACAUAGAGGAAGCGCUCUUGGUGUCGAGUUCGAAUUCAAGAAUGAGCUCAUUGGUCUUGCCGCUAUGGAGAAAACAGGUGAGCCUCUCCCAGACUCUGCAUUGGAGGCAUGUAAACAAGCCGACGCCAUUCUUUUGGGAGCCGUUGGUGGUCUUCCAGGCGCGAAAAUCGGAAGUGGUCCUCGCCCUGAACAAGGCUUACUGAAACUUAGAAAGGAGCUUGACUUGUAUGCCAACUUAAGACCCGUGUCUUUUGCUGCUGACAGCCUUCUCGGUCUCUCUCCAUUGAAGGAUCAUGUUGUCCAAGGCACUAACUUUGUGUUUGUUCGCGAAUUGGUCGGAGGUAUCUAUUUUGGUGACCGAAAGGAAGCUGGUGAAGAUGGCAAAGCUUAUGAUACACUUCCUUAUUCCAAAGAAGAAGUUGAACGCGUCACAAGAUUAGCUGCUCACUUGGCAAAGAAACAAUCACCUGCAGGCAAAAUCCAUUCCGUUGAUAAAGCCAACGUUUUGGCUACAUCCAGACUCUGGCGUAAGACGGUAACAGAGACAUUAGAAAAGGAGUUUCCUGACUUAGAAUUUGACCAUCAACUUGUUGAUUCUUGCGCUAUGGCCAUGGUCCAGCGUCCUUCAAGUCUUAACGGUGUUGUUCUAACAGAAAACAUGUUUGGUGAUAUUCUUUCUGAUGAAGCCUCUGUGAUCGUGGGCUCUCUUGGCUUGUUACCCUCUGCUUCUCUCAGUGGACUUCCUGAUGGCAAAGGCAAAUGCCUCGGCGUUUAUGAACCUAUUCACGGUUCUGCUCCUGAUAUUGCUGGUCAGGGCAUUGCUAACCCAAUUGCCACUAUCCUUAGUGCUGCUAUGUUGCUUAGAUAUUCCCUCGGCUUCGAGUCUGAAGCUGUUGCUGUAGAAGACGCUGUACGUAAGGUCUUGGAUGCUGGCUUCUAUACACGCGAUCUUAAGGGUGACAAGUCCACUGUCGAAAUGGGUGAUGAAAUUUGUAAGCAUUUGGUGCAAUUGUUAAAAGCAACACAAUAG